AUGCUUCUUCGUCUGCGAGAAGCAAACAACAGAGACGUGGACCAGCUUGAGCAGCGGCGGGGGGCAACAGAGGGAGAGAUUCCUGAAAAAGCUAUGAAAGAGGACAAAGAAAAUAAGCUGCGACACGUCAUGGAAGAUGGUCACUACACCAAGGUUCUGCUGGGCGAAUUAGAUGUUAAGCAGAUGCUGAUGGUUARAGAAGAAACUCCCGAAGACCACAGAUCUGUUGCUGAGCUGCAUGACCCAAAGGCGCAGCAGAUAAAGGAGGAAGAGGAGGAAGUCUGCAUCAUUCUGGGGACAGAGCAGCUCAACRGGAAGGAGGAGACUGAUGUUACUCCUAUAAAGAGCGAGGAUGAAAUGCAGUCCAUUCUGCUCUCACAGAAUCUUUAUCAAGAUAAAAUUAAAGACAGAGAUCUUCCAGAAGAGAACGAUGAGGGAGAAUCCGUUGAGAUAGAAAGUCAUGAAGAUGGCUCCAUUUUCUCAAAGAUUGAAGUCAUUGUAAAGGAUGAAGAGGACGAUGACGUAAAAUAUCCCGUCUCUGACCUGAAUCGUUUGCCCGACGCUGGACUGGAAACGAAGGACGAGGAUAUUGACUGGACGGAGAGUAGAGCCACCGAGUCGGAUGGAAACAUCUUUUCUGAGUUUGCUGAAGAAUUUCUUCACCGUCACUCUAUUCAGAAACGCACGCCACAUCCAGAAAUAAGGUCUGCAGCCUCUAUGGAUGACARCAAAUGUUUUACAGAGAAGAAAAAUGUGGACUCGGAAAGGAAAGUCCAGGCAGGAGAGACGUUUAGCUGUGAAGACUGCGGUAAAACCUUCAUUAGAAAAUACAAUUUUAACAGACAUAAGCGAAUCCACACAGAGCAGAAAUCCUUCUGUUGUGAGCUUUGUGAAGAAAGAUUUAACCGUAAAUCAAGUUUAAAUUUGCACAUGAGAAUUCACACAGAGUACAAACCUUUCUGUUGUGAUCUUUGUGGACAAGGWUUGAGGCACAAGCGCAGCUUAAACGCGCACAUGAGAAUCCACACGAAGCAGAAACCUUUCAGUUGUGAUCUCUGCGAGCAAAGAUUCAACCGCAAAUCAAGUCUAAACACACACAUGAGAAUCCACACAGGACACAAACCCUUCUGUUGUGAUCUCUGUGGWCAAAGCUUUCGCCACAAAUCAAAUUUAAGUACGCACGUGAGAAGCCACACAAGACAGCAACCUUUCUGUUGUGAUAUAUGUGGACAGAGACUUCGCUAUAAAUCAAGUCUGAGCAUACACAUGAGUAUUCACGCCGGACAGAGACCCUUCUGUUGUGAUCUCUGUGGACAGAGAUUUGUCAAUACGUCGCAUUUGAACUCGCACAAGAGGAUCCACACAGGACUGAAGCCUUUCUGUUGUGAUGUAUGCGGAAAAAGAUUUGCCCACAAACCACAUUUAAGUGCACACGCGAGAAUCCACACAGGACAGAAACCUUUCUGUUGUGAUUUAUGCGGUAGAAAGUUUAGUGAAAAAGGAAAGUUAAAAAGACACAUGAGAAUCCACAACUGAGGGGAAAUGGCUCAGCUGGGAUUAUUAAAACUGCACCGCUGCUGUUGGCUGUGAAAUGUGUCAUUAAAGACAAACUGUAUUCACUUGGUUUCAGUAUUUUUCUAGUGGUUAAUUUAAAUAACAUUAAAUUAAUAGCCUGUGUUUUUCAUCUACAGUCCAAAUUGAACUGCAGCACAUGUGUAUUUUCAUUGCAUGUAAAUAAUUUUAAGUGAAUCGGAUCACCUGUCCGUCGUUAAGAAAGGUGAGUUCACGGUGACCUUGAGUCAAGAGAAUGUCUGCUAAUCCUUGAGCUAAAGUGAAUCACCACCAGGACGAUGAUCCCAAACACAGCAGGAAAUCCAGAAAGAUCAAGGUACGGCUAUGGCCUAGUUAAAACCCGCACCAAACCGUGGCUUUCUGAAAAAGAAAACCAUUUCUAGUUACUGUUUUAUCCCGAGUUCAGCUUGAUUGUGAUGCAGUUACAUUUGAUAUGUUUCAUGUCUAUGAACUAAGUCUGUACGUUGUGUUGAUUUGAUUAAAUGUGUGGACAGAA